AUGGUGACCGCCAUCCUUGGCGUCUUUGCUCGGCUGGGGACUAAAUAUUGGAUUUUUCGACGAUGGACUACGGAUGAUUAUCUUAGUAUUGUCUCGAUGGUGAGCUGCGCAGCACAGUCCCUCGCCGUGUCACUAGCCACUGCGAAUGGAUAUGGUGACCAUUAUGAUACAUUAACGGAGACAAACAUUGACAAUAUCAUGAAGUCACAAUAUGCCGCCACAAUCCUCUUCAUCCUCAGCAUGUGCUUCUCCCAGUUGGCUCUCGUCCACUUUACCCGGAGUGUAACACCGGCUGCUUCAGACCGCCGCGUUGCCUCCGGGCUGGAGGUUUUGAUCGCAUUAUGGGCAGUCACCGGUAUCAUCAGUUCAGCUUUCAAGUGUAAACUGCCCCGAACAUGGGAUUAUCUAUCCGGACAAUGUUUCAAUAUCGCGGCUUGGUGGGAUUACAUCGGAGUGAUGAACAUUCUCACUGAUGGGGCCAUUAUAGCGUAUGCAGUCCUGAUUAUUACCCGUAUUCAGGCUCGAUGGAAAAAGAAGCUCACCUUGUCUGUUGUAUUCGGGCUGCGAAUCUUCGUGAUUAUUGCCAUAAUCGGUCAACUGGUGUACGCCAAUAGAACCAUUGAUGUUUCCGACCCAAUCUCUGGGACCUGGCCGCUGGCGAUAUGCAUGCAGCUCACCCAGUGCUUGAGCGUGGUUACCGCCUGCUCCCCUCAAUUCAAACCUUUCUUGGACAGCCUCCGUUCGACUGGCCUACGUGUUGACGGAAUCACACGCCACGAUGCGUCUCGUAGUGCAUACAAUCAUUCUUCCCGGACUAAGUCGCAAUGGCAAACUCUGGAUCAACCUCUCCGUGAGGAUCAUGAGUUGACUUCUAUUGGUCGCAGCAAGAGUUAUCGCCAGACCACGAUAAUCACGGCCAAACCGGACUCGGACGCGGCGAGCGAUUCCAGCGAGGCCCACAUAAUCCGUGAGGUUCGCACAUGGGCUGUUACCGCGUCACCGCGUAGCUCACUAAGGGAAUGA